UGAUGCUGCUGGCGUUCCUCUCUCUAUUCAUUAUUUUUGCGAACGCAUCGUUACAACGUCGUUUCGGCGGUCGUAUAGUCGGCGGUACCGACACUAACAUCGAAGAUCACCCAUACCAGGUGAGCGUGCAAACAGCGACUACUCACUUCUGCGGCGGUAGUAUCAUCUCCAAUCGUCAUGUUCUCACUGCCGCUCACUGUGUGUACUUUGCGCCAUCUGAAAUUUUCAUUCGCAGUGGUACGACAUAUAGAAUGAAAGGUGGCCAGAUUCACAAUGUCGUGAAGAGCGUCACACAAAAGCGCUGGAAGUUCGGACAAGAUGUUGCCGUUCUUACCGUCGAUCCGCCAUUCGAUUUCGAUAAAACGCGAAUGCCGAUAAGAUUAGCUGCGGAGAGGCCAGCCAUCGGCACAAUGGGAAACGUAACGGGCUGGGGACGAUUAAAAGAAGAACAAACGGAAGGCUCCAAGCACCUACAAUUGGUGCAAGUUCCUAUACUAGAAAAUGACAUUUGCACCGAAGCUUACAAAAACACUGCAGUCGGUGGGAUUGCUGAUACUGAAUUAUGCGCGGGUUACAUCGGCAUUGGCGGGAAAGACUCUUGUCAAGGUGAUUCGGGUGGUCCCCUAGUGAUUGGUAACGUACAAGUCGGUAUUAUUUCCCUUGGUAAGGGAUGUGCCGAUCCUAAGUAUCCAGGGAUUUAUAUCGACGUUGCGUAUUUCAAGAAGUGGAUCGAGGAGCAAGCAUACUUGAACUUCUAAGAUAGAUAAACGUGUGAUGUUGGGCGACGUAAAACUUGUAUAUUAAACAUUUUUUAUUCAAUUUAUUAUUUUAAACGUCUCGACCUUUUUCAUACUAUAGCUUGUUCAAAUAGGUUUAAACCAUUCAUUUGUGGAGCAAGUAUUAUACAGUGA